AUGGUCGUCAAGGUUGACCUUGAAUGCGAGAGAUGCAACAAGAAGAUCAGAAGGUCCUCCACAAGGUCAAAGAGGAAUCUCGUGACCAUCUCUGGCCCGUUCGACGCCGAGAAGGUCCGUCGGAAGCUCUGCUGCGAGGCUGGCCGGAUCAUCAAGGGUAUGGACGUCAAAGCGCCCGAGGAGACGAAGGACGGAGGCAUGGAAAAGGAGGAGCACGGAAGAAAGACGGCUGCGGCGCCCGCGGUCAACCUCCGGCCGCUGCUGGAGAAGAUGUUGGAGCGCCCCAAGGCCAGGACCCAGCCGGCCCCUGCACCGGCUGCUGCGGCAAGCAGACCACGCAGCCGCCAGCAGCGCAGGUCGUCGUGCCCGCGCCGGCCAGCUCCGUCUCUGGCCAUGGCUAAGGCGCCGUCGUUGUACUACGGCGUACGUGCCGGUGUACAGCAUCGAGGGGUGGUAAUAAUGAGGCGGCGACGGGCGGCUGCCGCGCUACCACCACCAGCAGCAGCAGCGGUGCUGCGAGGAGGACCCCCGACGGCGAUGGCCAUGGGCCAUGGACAGUGA